AUGACAUUUCUGAAGCCUCAAGAGCUUCCGCCAAUUGCGACGUACCGAGUCUAUGGCAUGAAUGCUGAACUGCAAGACACGGGACGUCAACCACCAGAUGUCACAGAGGAACAGGCUCUUCAAUGGUACAGAAAUAUGCUGACGGUCAACAUUCUUGAUACAAUCAUGACAGAAGCGCAGCGACAAGGACGGCUUAGCUUCUAUAUGGUAUCCACAGGCGAGGAGGGCAUCAUGGUAGGAUCUGCCGCUGCUCUAUGUACCGACGACAUUAUCACAGUUCAGUAUCGCGAGACUGGCGUCUUCUUACAACGUGGCUACACGUUGAAAGACUUCAUGAGUCAGCUUAUCCAUACAAAAAGUGACCCUGGAAAAGGCCGUAAUAUGCCCUGUCAUUACAGCGGCAGAUUGAAGACUGGAGUG